AUGCGCCGCCAUUCAAUUAUCGCAAUUACCUUCCUACUUUUCGCCAUUACUGGUUAUUACGCUGUUCCAUUAGAGGAGGAAAUUAAGAACGCUACUGCUGCUACUUUAACUGAAGAUGCAACAACAACAAAAAAACCCGUUAUUGAAGUUUCAUCCUCGUCGCCAAUUUCAGACUCAACGACAGCAGCGCCCUCUACAACGGAAAAGAUCGUCGAGAUCGUUCUGGAAACUUCGAGUACGAGUAGUACUUCCGUAAAAAGUGAAAUUCCAACGUCUCGGACGACAAAAGCUCCCAAAACGACACAAAAAACCCGUAAAACGACCCAAAAGCCUUCGUCGUUUAAACAACCGAACACGCGUCAAGAAUGGCUGAAACUGAUUCAAGACGAAAUGGCGGCCUAUGACAAAAAAUCCGGAAGUUCAACGAUUACGAAUAAAAAUUUAACGAUAAUUAGUGAGAGAAUUUUGAAAUAUUUGGUCGAAAAUGGGACUUCAAUAGGGAUCAGUUUACGGGAGCAGAAAGAUGGCACCAUUAAAUACACAAAAUCGAACAGCACGAGCGAUAAAAUUUAUGGAGAUGGCACAGAAUCGAAAUUUCCGCCUGUUCUUGAAUUUGUGGUUCAAAGAAUUCAAUCGUAUUUCUCCGUUUAUGCGAUGGAAGACACAAGUCGUCCUUCAGCGGCGGAACUUCAAGCUGAACGAGAAAAAAAUUCUUCAGACCUUCCAGCGACUUUGAGAGAAGAACCCGACGACGACGAUGAUGAUGACGACGAUGAAGAUGAAGAAUCAAGUACUUUAACGAACGACCAAGUAAUUGACCAACUCCAGGACGAACUUUCGGAAUUUAUUGGCUCGGAAGCUGUUAAAAAUGUCACCGACAUAAAACUGCCUUCACUCAUCAAAACUGCUUACGAGAAAUUUUCUUCGUGGUUUGCGCCGACAAUUUCCGCGAAACCUGCUGCUAAAGAAGAGCCCGUUGCUGAGUCAUCCUCAGAAGAAGACACAAACACAACUUCGACAACUUCCAAUAAAAAACCCACGAAAAAACCUUCAUUGAUGUCGGGGGCUUAUGACGCCUUGGAAGCAAUUUUGUCAGUUUUUGAUGACAUUGAUGUCUCAGAUGAAGACGAAAAAUCCGAGACUUCGGAGAAACCUUCGACUGAGGAUGGACCGCAACUGAAAGAGUCACAAGAUGAUUUGGAAGAAACGGAAAUUAAAGAGACUGUCGGCGAAAAUUUGUAUGAUUUUUUGAAACUUGCCUAUACGUUGUACGAAGACGAUGAGAGUUAG